AUGUCGCAGUCGCAGCGAGCACCGAGCUCGCCGUGCGACGCCACGUGGAGCCUCGCCGGCGGCGGCGGUGGCGUCCCCAGGAGGCACGCCCGGUUGCAAUCUCCGGUGCGCGGGCGGUCCGCCUCCGCCACGCCCAGCUGGCCCAGCUGGCGGUGGUCCUCGACCUCGAUGAUGGAUGACGGCAACAACGCUGACGAUGAAUGCGGCGUGGUGGUGGUGCCGGCGAGGGGCACCGAGACGCCCGCCACGCGCGCCCGAAUGCCCGGCCUGUCCCGGUGCGCGUCCCCGGAGGCGCGGGCGAGGAUCGGCGCGGCCUCGCCGGGCACCGCGCGGCGCGUGGCCGUGCGGCUCUACGACAGCCUCCGCCGCCACGGGCUGCGCCAGGAGGCCAACCGCGCGUUCCGCGACGCCGUCGUCGCAGACGGCGACGCGGCAGCGGACGGUGGUGGUGGCGGAGCGACGGAGCCAGAGCUGACGGGGAUGGCGUGCCUGCUCAAGGACGGCUUCGUCGGCUACCUGAGGGAGCUUGCCAAGAUCACCCCACCUGUUCCUAAGCAGGUCGUCAAAUUCUGUGGGAUAACAUACCUGGCAAAGAUCGAGAGAGCUGCCUUCAGCUAUGAGACCUUUGGCAACAAGCUGCUUGAAUACUUUGUGCAACCAAUAAGAAGCCUGUCCCUGAGCAAGCGAUCAGCAGAGCUUCAAAUCUUGAAGGGAAUUGAUGGCUACAACAUGCCGGGUUCUAUGACUCUAGUCCUUGGUCCGCCUGGCAGUGGAAAGAUCACCUUGCUGAAGAUACUUGCCGCUAGAGCCGAUCCAGGCCAAGAUUCUAGGCUGUCAGGCAUAGUCAACUACAAUGAAAAGACAACAUCUGAAGUUCGAAAGAGUCGACUAAUUGCCUAUGUCUGUGGACAGCUCAACAAGUUAUCACUAGAAACUGAAAUGAAGCUCUCUAACAAACUGUUCCUUACCUUUGGGCAAAAUUGGGAGAAGACAUGGAAACCAAAAGUCCGAGAAACUCUUGAGUUCGCAAGGGACUGCAUGCAGGUUCUCCGGCCUGAGAAUUUUACUCCACAGAUGCGAAAGUUCUUUGCCUAUGCGCUUAUAGAAGGACAGGAUCCUUUCCUUGAAUAUGUCAUGCAGAUUCUUGACCCGAAGAAAAUAGAGAAUUGCCUUGUUAGUGGGAUAUCAGACACUGACAGGGAUAAACUGGCAAUAGCUGAACUUGCACUAGGGACCUACUCAGUUAUGGUCUAUGACCAGCCAUUGACAGGCUCAGACCUGGCAAUGACCUAUGAUUUGGUCAAUACUAUCAGGGCUGUCUGUAGAAUCCAACAAUCAUCUACAGUCAUGGCCCUCAAUCACCUGUCGCAAGAAGCAUUUGAUCUCUUCGACAGGAUCAUCCUACUGGGAGAAGGGCAUGUGCUGUACCAAGGGCCAAGACAGGAUGCAGUCACAUACUUUGCUCAACUAGGGUAUAUGAAGCCAUCGCAUGUUGAAUCCUGGGAGUUUCUUCAAGAUAUUGCUGCUGAAAAUAGAAUGCAGUACCUAUUACCAAGGUUAACUCCUAGAGGUUUGGAGGAGCUUGUGGAAUGCUACUAUUCAUCUGACCAUUACUUGGAUAUCGUAAGGGUCAUUGGAAAGAACAAGGAGUUCAGUACAUACUGGGUUGAGAGUGAGCCAGGAAUCGGCUUAUCCUUGAAAGAAUCAAGCACCUUAAACUCAAAUGCAGAACAUCAAGAAAUGGUUGUGGCAAAGCUUCUGAACAAAUCUGGAUCUGCUACUGGGGCUGAAAGUACAGGGAACAUUCAAGUCGGCGAUGUGAGCAAUGUGGAUGAAUUACGGUGGGAGCAAUUUAAGAGGCCAUAUGUGCAACCAUGGUGGAAAUCAACAAGAACCCUGAUCCAGAGACAGCUUAGGAUCUUGAAACAACUUCAAAUGUUGAGCACACUCAGAAUCAUCCAGAGACCCACAUUCUAUAAACAUAGGGACCAAAGAUUUUUCAGGACAUCCUCUUAUGUUGUACCUCAUUGCAUUAGUAAUCUACCCCAGGCUUUUACUGAGGCACUCCUUUAUUCAGUUUGUGUGUAUUUUCUAGCGGGUCUGACAUUGGAAAACAGUGGAGUAGUGUUCCUCGACUACUUAGUUCUGAUGUUUCUCGUGGCUUACUUUGGAUCAUCAUUCUUCUUCUUUCUGAGUGCAGUGGCACCCAUUCCUGAAGCAGCAAAUGCUUUGGCAGGAAGAUACAAGUUUCUGGAGUCACCAAAGUUAGCAUCUAGUUCCACAACAGUAAUUUCUGAGGAUGAGAAUGCGAGUGUCAGGAGCUGGAGGGAAGAAUUUAGAGUUAAAAUUGAUUCAGAACAGUUGACAAUACCAGUCACACUGAUGACUUUAUCAUUCUUGGAACUAUCAUUUGUCAGUAUGACAAGGCUUUCCGGUGACAGGUGUGGAAAGGCAACAAAGGAAGAAGCUAUAGAUUUUGAGAAUGUCAGUGGAUGUGCAAGACCAGGAAUUAUGCUAGCUCUUGUAGGGGGUGCUAAUAGAAGUGUAGCUACACUGCUAAAGUGCCUUUCAGGUCUUGAUUCAUCUGGUACCUCAGCAAUCUUGAAGAUCUUAUCACAAUUACCAGUUUGCAGUCAAUCGGUCAUCGCAACAUUUAACUACCCCAACACCCGUGCACUUUCACACUUCCAUCAAGUCAUCGUCCUAACUCAAGAAGGCCGUCAAGCUUACUUUGGCCCAGUAGGACUCAAUUGCCAUGAAAUACUUGGAUACUUUACCGCGAUCCCAAGGGUUCCUCACUACCUUCAGACACAGAAUCCUAUCAGUUUUGUUAUGGGUGUAACUGGACUUGGAAUUCCAAGAAAAAAACUUGCAGUGACAGAUUUUGCAGAUGAGUUUCAGAACAGUCAUUUGUAUGAGGUGGCCAUGAAGGUCAUUAACACUGCUAUGAAGAACAACAAACAUGGAAAUGAAAAGGACCAUAACAUGAGAUCCAUUAGUUACAACUAUCCAGUGUCAUUUAUAAGGCAAAUAGGGUUGGUUUUGUUAAGGACACAGAGGUUCUUAUGGAGGAAUGUCAACUACACUUACAGCAGGUUUACUGGCUGUGUGAUGAUUGGAUUACUGAUGGGCUCACUCUAUUUUAAGAUUAAGUAUGAAGACACAUAUGAGGUGACUUCUAGAUCACUGUACAUCUACACGCAAACUAUACUCAUCGGGGUUAUAUCCGCUAACAAUGUGAUUCCUCAAAUUGGCACUGACAAGCUUGCCUACUUCCGUGAAAUGAGGUCCAAGAUGUACCUUCCAAUAAUCUACCCUGUGUCAUGGGUGAUCAGUGAAAUUCCCUACUUCCUCAUAGCAACAUUGGCAUUCGUGGGCAUUGGCAAUGGCAUGGCAGGGAUAGCAACCCAGACAGCCGCCGAUUUCCUGGCCUACUGGUCAGUUCUCUUCCUUUUUCACACUCUGUAUGACCUACUUUGGCAUGAUGAUCACUUUCCUGGCUCCGAGCCCGAUCCUCGCCGCCUUCCUCGUCUCCAUAAUCACAUCGUUGUGGAUCUCUGCCUCUAG